AUGAGGAUAGAGGUGGCGCCGGACUGGUACGUGUACAGUAUGCACAUGACCGCCGUCCUCACCACCCCUCUCAAUCUGAUCGGAGUGCUCAUCAUUGUGUUUUGUCAGACGACGCAAGUUCAGUCCCUCAGGUGGCAUCUUUUGACAUAUCAGGUUGGUUUCUGACCCAAGACCCUUCAAACAAGCCCUUUGAUUUACAGAUUUGCUCAAUGAUCACCGAUUUCCUCAUCAACAUCGGAUGCCUGCCGGUCAUUUAUUCGCCAUUUGCAAUCGGCAGACCUCAUGGAAUUUUCACGAGUAUUUUCAACUUUUUCGGGUACAAAACGAGUACGGAAGCUCAAUGUGUGAGAUUUAACAUCAUGAACUUGUGAUAUUACCCCACAUGUGAUUCCUUCAGGUUAUUGUGUUUGUAUCUAUUUACAUCACAGCUGGAAGUGUGGAGCUCCUCUUUUUCCUACGCUACCAAGCAAUUCUGCCGGUCAAUCACAAAUACAAAUUGACGCUCGGCAAAUCGAUUCUACUCACUGCAAUCUAUCAAAUCGUCUUGAUCACCCUAAUGAUCAUCUCUUUCACUUCGGCGGUGCCCGAUCAAGACUUGGCCCGUGCUCAGUUCCAGCAGCUCUAUCCAGAGUUCCAAUACCUGAUCACCGACGAGCACGUCUUCUUCGUUUGCAUCGUCGUCGAAGCGGUACACGUGCUCUUUCUGUCCACGUGUCUUUUGCGACUCGCCGCCGGAAUGGCAAUGGUUUUCCUGCUGGUUUGGAUGUCGAGCAGGGCGUUACACUCGUUCCAACUCUCGACACGCACCAGGAGAAUGCACUUGCAACUCAUCAAAAGUCUAUGCUAUCAGGUGAUUAUUUUGAUGAUUCUUACUCUCUACGUGAGUUUUCGAGUUUCUGACGGUUUCGUUUUCGUGACAACAGAGUGUCGCCGUAAAACUGAACUCUGAUAUAGAACAGUCAGAGACCACAAAGCCUUUUUGUCAUUCUCUUUUUCUGACAAUUACUAAGCCAAAGUUUUUCAAGCGUGAUCUAUAAACACACUUUCAGAUAUCCGUACCCGUGGUGGCCUUCUACGGACCAUUGAUCGUCUUGAUUGCUCCUUUGAUAUUCACCAUUCCAGAUACUCAAGGUAACGAGUGGAAAGGCAACAUAACUUCCAUAUAUCCAUACUUUUUACAGUAUCCUUCUUCUUCUGCCUCCUCUUCAUGUCGGUGCACACGAGUUUGGGCACUCUGAGCAUGCUCUACUUCCACCGUCCCUACCGAAGUUGGCUCAUUCGGACACUCGGCAAACGGACGCUCGUCACUUCGCACUCUGGAUCGCAGUUCAAAGAGAAUGCGCACUUUUCGCGUGCCGAUUUGGUUAAGCACUCUUCUGCACUUUUCUAA